UCAUGCUGCUGCCAGGUCCAGAGUCUCUCAUGGGUCCCUGUACGGCCUCCCAUUGCUGCUGUCUCCAUCGCCACACUCUGCCAUGUGCCACUUUCAGGUCUCCUCACACUGCUGGUGUGUAGAAUUUUUUGACAUAGGGUGCUGGCAGAUUACGGGCCUCCCAUAGCUGCUGCCAGGCCCCUAAUCUGCCAUGGGCCCCUAUAUACCGCCUCCUCAUGCUGCUGCCAGGUCCAGAGUCUCUCAUGGGUCCCUGUACGGCCUCCCAUUGCUGCUGUCUCCAUCGCCACACUCUGCCAUGUGCCACUUUCAGGUCUCCUCACACACUGCUGGUGUGUGAAUUUUUUGAC